AAUGGUGCAUCCUGGUUACCGGAUUAUGACCAGUAAUUUCACGUUUACCGGUGUAAAUGCCGGUCUAUAUAUAUAUCCUAAACUAAUAUAUGGCUUGUAAUCUUUCAUUCAAAUGCCUUUAAUUGUCUGUUUCAUAUCACUAUUCCCAUGUCAAUACUCUCGCAAGUUAUCGUUUCCUCGCGAGACUGCAACACGACUUCCGCCACGAGAACGCUGUAAACAAACGGACAAAUACGAUCAUGGCAAGCGUACGCGACACAUACGAUUCAACGCUUCUUGGAAUAUUGUCGAAUGAAGGCGAAAUUACCAAUUUCCUAGAUGUCGUUAUAGGAUUCCUAUACAGAAGGACAGACUUUUUCCGCAUCAUGAAGAGCAAAAAUGACAAGCUUGGAUUUCCACCAGGAACUGCUGCUAAACUGUUAUUGAAGGAAUUCAAGAAGUACGAAGCAUUCGCCCAGAGGGACGAGAUGGAAAGAGAGAAGAAAAGGGCAGCACCAACACAUCCACCAGGGAUCAGUGAGAUGAAGACUUCAGAACAGCAGCAGGUGUCAUCAACAACCACAUCCAAGACUAACACUCCUGCUGCCACAUCCACACCACAAACAACAACAGCAACUACUGCCAGCACAACCACCGUCCCCUCCACAGGUGGUGCUGGUGAUGUGAAGGCUCCACCAAGUCAGAACAAGGAUGAAGAUGAAAACACAAGGGCAUCCAAGCAGCAGCAGGCAUUCCAGAAUGACCCGCUGAGCUACAAUGGGGCUGUGAGGGAAAAGUAUGUCUGGUCACAGUCAAUAUCAGAUGUUGACAUUCGAAUCUUUGUGCCGCCAUACAUUAAGAAAGGAAAGCAGGUUGAAGUAACCGUUGAGAAACGACACCUGCGAGUGUGUUACCGCGACGACAAGGGUGUGUCUCAGACAGUCAUAGAUGGUAAUCUAACCUGGGAUGUCAACAAGGAGGAAUGUAUGUGGAGUUUGGUCCCUGCAGAACAUGUACAUGUCAGUUUAGAAAAACGAGAAGAAAGAUGGUGGGAAUCAGCUUUAGAGGACGAGCCUAAGAUUAACGUUCGUAACAUUGACUGCAGUCGUCCUAUGACUGAUCUUGAUGAUGAAGCCCAGGCCAAGAUCGGUGAGAUGAUGUUCAAUGAGCAGCAGAAACGCCUAGGACUUCCACAAUCACAUGAACAGAAACAGCAUGAAAUGCUCCGGAAAGCAUGGGAUGCUGAAGGUUCACCCUUCAAGGGCCAGCCCUUCGACCCUUCAGUCCUGAACAUCAAUUCAGGGGGCGUCAUCUCUGCCAAUGUCAACAAGUCCUGAUGCCUUACUAGUUGUGUCAUGUAACUGUCAUGGCCAUUGUGAUGUUGGAGACAUGUGUUUGACCUGUGUCCCCUUGUUGUUGGUCAAGAGUGAAAUGCAACUAUCUCUUCCAUUACUGAAAGAUGCCCUUUGUUUGCUUGCAUCAAAUGUCUGUACAGUGAAAUCUUACAAGUUCAGUCCCAGUUGGUCCAGAAACUGGAUGAUGAAUGCUGCAGAAAUUGGACAUAAGUGCAAAAAGACCUUAUUCCAUAUCUGGAAAUAUGUUUAAUCUGGACAUUUCACCAAGAAUGUUACUGUCCAGAUCUUUAGGGUUUCACUGUAGAUGACAUGACUUGGAACAUUUUUCUGGGAAGUGUUGUCUCGUCAUAAUGUCUGCAAUUCUGAUAACAACUGCCAACAAAUGAUGCAAUAAAUACAUAUUAAAUGUAACAGUUAUGGUUUCCCAUGGCAUCUGACCGAAGGAUGAAAUCCAAAACAAGGCAGUGUAGAUUCUAUACAAGUUUGUGCAUGAACUUCAAUGAAUCCUUCAGUGACGAGAUAAAGGGAACGCAUCUUGCUACAUUUGUUAACCUGCAAUUCCAUUUGCACAAGGCUUUUUGUCUGUCUACUGUAAGAGUCUCAAUGAGAUCUGUAUGAAUGUUGUUGUUUAGCAGCUGUGAGGGUGUUGAUGAGAUCUGUAUGAAUGUUGUUGUCUGGCUACUGUGAGGGUGUUGAUGAGAUCUGUAUGAAUGUUGUUGUCUGGCUACUGUGGGGUCUUGGUGAGAUCUGUACGAAUGUUGUUGUCUGGCUGCUGUGGGGGUCUUGAUGAGAUCUGUACGAAUGUUGUUGUCUGGCUACUGUGGGGGUCUUGGUGAGAUCUGUAUGAAUGUUGUUGUCUGGCUACUGUGGGGGUCUUGCUGAGGUUGGUGUAAAUAUUGUAAUCUGGCUACUAUGAGGGUGUUGAUGAGAUCUGUACGAAUGUUGUUUUCUGGCUACUGUGAGGGUUUUGAUGAGAUCUGUAUCAAUGUUGUUGUCUGGCUACUGUGAGGGUGUUGAUGAGAUCUGUAUGAAUGUUGUUGUCUGGCUACUGUGAGG